AUGCAAACCACCUUCGUCCCCUUCAAACAGCGCCCCCACCGCCCGCGCUCCCGCUCCCGCUCCCCCUCCCCAGACUCCGAAACCCCCGACUGGCGCCUGCAAAAACCCUUCGGCGCAGGCCUUCAGCGCAAACGCCACGUCAAGUUCGUCCCCGCCACCGACACCUCCCUCUCCACCUCCCUCCCCCCCACCACCGCUCCCACCACCGCCAAAACCGGCGCCGAGGUCUCCUCCCUCUACCUCUCCCUCAUAGGCCUCUCCACCCCGCGCCCCGCGGCGCCCCCCAAAACAUGCCCCGACUGCGCCCUUCCAAUCACCGACGCCGACGCCGCCACGCACGCCACGUCGACCGCGCACCUGGCGGCCCUCCCGCACGCACACCCGCCGCACCCGUAUGACCGCUCCAGCAAGGGUCUCAAGGUGCUGAUGGAGUCCGGGUGGGACCCUGACGCGCGCGUGGGGCUGGGGAGGGAGGGCGAGGGGAUGCGGUAUCCGCUCAAGACCGUGCCGAAGGAUGAUAAGCUUGGGGUGGGGGUCAAGAAGCGGAAAGGUGUGGCGGGGACGGGGGCAGGGGCGGGGGUGAAGAAGAAGAAGGAGGGGGUGAAGGAGGCGAGGAGGAGGGAGGAGGUGGGGAAGAGGGUUAGGGGCAGGUUGAUGGGGGAGUUGGGGGGAGGGGUGGAUGUGCAGGAGAUUCUGAAUCGCAGGAUGGAGUAG